AUAUGUUAAUUAAUGUUGGGUUCGCGUACUAAUAGGCUUGAGUUUGACGCAAGAGGUCAAACAACUCGGCGUGCUCUUCCAGUGCCUCCUUUCCGUUCUUCCAACCAUCUCCAUCCACCCCAUUGUCCCCCCUGUCGCCACAAACCGCACAGACGAUACAACAUGGCGUGAGUGGGCCUGCACCAGGAGCUUGGCAACAGCACUGACGCAUGCACAUCCGCCAUAUUCUUUUCACACGUCAUUCUUAUAUAUGCCGACAUCCGCAUCCCAUCCACCUCUCCCGAUACCUUUCAAUCCUCUCUGCGGUCUUCCCAAUAAACGAGACAGUUCCUACUCGGGGUCUUUGUUGUCGAAGAGAAAACCAGAGCUCGUCGACAUUGCCGCUGCCUUGGGUAUCCCUACAGAUGACGUGCGGGUCUCCGACCUGGUCAAAAACAUCCAGUCUCAGCUGGACACUCGAGAGUCCACACUGGCUCAAGACCCGAUCUUCAAGGGCCUUUACUUCAAGAAACGCUCGUGAGAAGAUGCAAGGAUGCUACGGGCAGCCGCUCAUCUAUGACUUGUAGGAGCCACGGAAAUGGGAAUGGUAUAGGGAUAGGUACUCCUGAGAGGUCCCAUAGCCCUUCUAUGGCUACCCCUCACACGGAGAUAAAGCGCUCGGUGACAGGGAGCGCCAGAAAAGCUGGUGCCUCCAUCAACAAGGCUCUGGACCGUGUGCAAGAGCUUGUAGAUGCCGCAAACGUACCCCUUCCGGAAAGCCCGUUAUCUUUGUCAAAGGUGGCUGGAGCUGCUCACUCUGCGAACGAGUCUAUCUCUCAUGCUCUGGUCCCUGCCGGAGCCACAAGCGAUAUCAAGACUCAAGUGGCGCAGCUCGUCAACUACGUCGCACAACUAGGUACCAAGGGCAAGAACGAGGUCAACGUUGCCAUCCGACAUGCCCAGGAACUCCUGUCCGUGCCCGAGGUUCUCGCCGGUGCAGGUGUUGGGAUCGAGUUUCUCUUCCUCAUCACCCACGUGCUUCAGUUCUAUGACUACACUUACAUAUUUCCGCCUCCAUCUGGUGAAAAGGGGGCCAUUUCGAGCCUUCUUCAGGCGCUGUUCUUCUGGUCCCCUUCUUUCACCUGGACUCUCAGGCUGCCGGAGGGGGGUGGCCUCCUCAGCAGCUAUGUCUGGGGAGCUGUGGCUUGGUGGGCAUGUUCGACCAUUUUGCCGCCCUUCAUCUUGUCCACUGUGGUGUCAUUUGUCCCUCAGAAAGGCAUUCACCGCCACGGGAGCCCACACACUCGUUACUCGGACGCCCACCAGCCUAGAGCGACCCCCGACUAUUUGGUGUUUGUUCUGUCCCGGCUCGCCAUUCUUCUCCUCCCCCUCACAAACGCUGCCCCUACCGCUUUGGUCGAUGCUUUGGAGAUGUCUGGUAACCUCCAGGGCCGAGCCCUUGGUGCGGGCUUCUUGUCUGCUCUGAUUUUGGCCCACAGAAUCCGAAGUGCCGCUUGAUUGCUGUAACAGUUUCAUUUAGACAGCUUGACUGAAUUUUUUUGCCAAAGCUUUGCGGCUGUUUGCUAUAUGCCUAGUGCGCAACCUGGAGCUCAGCUUUUCCUUUUGUUGUUUCCGCCCAUUGAAGAUUUACUAGUACAUAUAUGACGAAGAAUUCUUGUAGCAGCACUCGAUGCAGCCGUAUAG